AUGCCUCUUCCAACAGGAGUCUACCGCGCCGACCAAGUCGGGUCACUCCUCCGACCGAAAGAGAUCCUCGCAGUUCGUGAAAAAGUCGCCGCUGGAACUCUGACCACCACGGACCUCCGUCAGGUCGAAGACAAGUACAUCUCCGAGGUCGUGCGACAACAGCUCCAAGCGGGUCUCCGAUCCAUCACCGAUGGCGAAUUCCGCCGCGCCUACUUCCACCUCGACUUCCUCCAGCACCUCGACGGCGUCGAGGUCCAGGGCAGCCUGAUGUCAACGAACAAGUCCAAGAACGGGUGGAUGCCUCCCCGGCUCGUGGUCACGGGCAAACUCGGACACAGCAAGCCCAUUCAGGUCGACGACUUUCUGUACCUUGAACGCCAGAUCGCCGAGGCGGGCGGCGAGGCGACCUUCGGCAAGGUCACGACCAAAGUGGCCAUCCCCAGCCCGACCAUGGUGCACUUCCGCGGCGGGCGCGACACGAUUGACGCCGCCGCGUACCCUUCGCUCGACGGGUUCUUCGACGACCUCGCCCGUGUGUACCAGGAGGAAUUGCAGGACCUGUACGACGCGGGCUGCCGGUUCGUGCAGCUCGACGACACCAACCUCGCGUACCUGUGCGACCCGAAGAUGCGCUCCGAGGCCGAGACGCGCCACGGAAGCGACGCCACGCAGAUCGCGACCCAGUACGCCAACCUCAUCAACCGCGCCAUCGAGAAGAGGCCGAGCGAUAUGACCAUCGGCAUCCACCUGUGCCGCGGGAACCACCGCAGCCAGUGGUUCGCGCAGGGCGGCUACGAGCCCGUCGCCGAGGUCCUGUUCAGGGAUUUGAACGUCGACGUGUACUUUUUGGAGUACGACGACGCGAGGAGCGGUGACUUCAGCCCGCUGAGGCACUUGCCCGAGCACAAAGUCGUCGUUCUGGGCGUCAUGACGAGCAAGAAGGGCGACCUGGACGACAAAGACGCCAUGGUGCAGCGCCUGACCGAGGCCAGCAAGUACUGCAAGCGCGGCCUGGACCAGUUGUGUCUGAGUCACCAGUGCGGGUUCAGCAGUACAAUGGAAGGGAAUGAGUUGACAGAGGACCAGCAAUGGGAGAAGAUCAGAUUGGAGGUGGAGAUCGCGAAGAAGGUGUGGGGCGAUGACAUUUCAAAGUGA